AUGGACUCGUCAAUCAUCGAGCCCUUUUGGGGUCCUCAGACCUCGUAUCUAAACUUCUGCGAAGAAGACUACGUCGUCACCCGCUACGUCGCCGAAUUCAUCAACACCCUCAGCAGCGGCGUCUACUGCCUCUUCGGCCUGUAUGGCCUCGUUCAGCUGCGCCGCCGCGGACAGGCGUCGCUCUCCCGCUGUAUCCCGUAUCUCGGGCUGGUUGGUGUCGGCGUUUGUUCGGGCGGGUACCAUAUGACGCUCAAGUAUCAUACGCAGAUGUCUGACGAACUCUCAAUGCACCUCCUAACAACACCGCUCCUCUACCGCAUCCUAACCUUCCAAACCAGCGCGCAGUACACGCGCCUCGUGGGCGGGAUCCUCGGCGUGAUCUUUACCGUUGUCAUGGUCGUGCACAUGGUCAUGGACGAGUUCUUGCUUCAUGCCGUGUCAUUUGGUCUGGCCGUGCUUCUCAUCACGACGCGCACGAUGAAGGCGAUUCCGCAGCAGAUUCCCAAUAUGGGAAUUCGGUUGAAGGUUCGCGGGGUUUCGAGGUUUGGGCUUUUCUGCUUCAUAUUCGGCUACACCGUCUGGCUAGUCGACACGUGGUUCUGCGGGCAUCUACUCGACGUGCGACGAACUGUCGGGACACCGUUGGCUUUUCUCUUUGAGCUGCACGGCUGGUGGCAUGUCUUUACGGGGAUCGGUGGGUAUGUGGCCGUUGCGAUUGUCGAUAUGAUUACUGCUGGUGAGGUCCAUGGGGAUCCGACGGGUGAGAUGGCGUUUCCGAUCAAUGUUGUUUCGAGGGCUUGGGAUGCUUGGGCCAGGAGUGAACAAGGAGAGGGAAAGAAGGGGAAAUGA